GCUAUUUACCUGUUGGUGUUGCUCCAAGUACUUUGGUUACUCCUUGUGUUUAACAGACCUGAUUAGGUACUUAGUCUGUUUUUCAUUGUUCUGUUGAGCUAAAGAUCAAUUUAUGGUAAAAUGGUUUGGUGAGUCAACUAUAACUUUUUUCUUGAAACCGUUUCCAAAGUCAGAUCCUACUUCUUGUUUCAACGACUCUCAGAAACAAAAAUUGGGUUUAUUGCUCAAGUAAUCCAGUUUUUAUGAUUAUAAUUAGCUCACUUAUAAGCUUUUGAGGAGCUAAUCACAGAUGAUGAAGUGGAGGGCCAUUCCCUUUCCUUGGCUUAGUACGAGUCUUAUUGAUAACUUGCAAUAUGGUGACUGCCUUUUCAAUGUUUUUCCUUUAAUGUUGUACGUAUAUAGCAGAGUUUUUUUUUUGAGUAAAGUAAGAGCAGAGUUGAUAUUUACCCAAUUCAGUAAAGUUUAAACCAUUAUUCCUUUGGCUAUGUCUUCUUUUAUAUGCUAUAUAAUAUGAACAGGUUGAAAGUGGUGAAUUGGCUUUGUUUAGGAAAAUUCUACUGUUGACUAAUGGGUGGUUAGUUUGUUGGUUUAAAGAGUUGUUGAUAACUAUUGUUUGGAACAUUGAUGUGUGUCAGGACUCGUUGAUCAUUUAUUCCCAACUUUUUCACAUAUUGGAACCAAAUUGAAUAAAGUGAUGAUUUAUAUUUGUUGGAAAUAACUAAAUUUGAAAAUUGGUAUGCUAUUAUAUAUAUUUAAAAACAAAUUAUUAUUUUUGUAAAUUAACAAUUUAUGAUAAGAAUAAGUACAGACGGACUUAAUAAAAGCUGUAGAAUAGUGUAGCGACGAUAAAACGGAUCUGACUUAUUUAGUAAAGGAAUUGCAAAAAUGGCACGAAAUAAAAGCCUGUUUACAAAUUUACCACUUAUUUCUACCAUAUGUUUCAGGCCCGGCCCAGCCCAACUUUAACAUCCUCCACCUUCUCUCUACGCUCACUCUAGCGUACCCUCUCUACCUUUCCCGAUCACGGAUUCACUAACUCAGGCCAGCCAAGAAGUCUCCGCCGACGACGAGUUCCGUCAAGCGGAGAUUUUGGCAAGUCCAGAAGAAAUUGGCAACAUAAGAGGUGGGUUUAUUGUGAUUAGAGCGUUAUUGGCUCGGUUCAGCGCUGCCGUGGUUGCAUUGCCUUGUGGCUGUGCGUUGGGGUUUUCCCGGUCUGUCCGUUCGUGGACUCAGGGCCCUUGAAAAUGUGGUCGAGUUGAGAUUAUUUGUGGUGGAUUUUCUUCAACAAUGGCUUGUAAACAUGUUGAGAAGUUCAUAUGUACUGGUGCAAAGUAUUUAAGGAAUAAGCGAAUUGAAGCUUUGCAUUUGGAUGCUAUGUUCUAUCACUCUUCAAAGGAAUCACAGGAAGAGCUUGUAGCCUUAGAUUGGUAUGAAAAUGCAUUUCCAGAGAUGAUGAAAUUAACCCGUUUGUUAAAGAAUGUGGAUUUGAUUGAUGGAAGACUUGUCAAUAUCCGUGAUGAUUCAAUCAUCAUUGAUGAUCGCAUUGAAAGAAAAAUGCAUAAUUUCAAGUCACUUGCCAGAGUCUUUAUUGGAUCUCCAUCGGUUCAGAAAACUCUCAAGGCUAAUAUGUCAGGUGUUUCUGUAGGUAAAGGUGAACCAUUUGUCUGUUUCAAUAAACCAAGUGAAAGAGAACCCAUGAUUGUGAAUUCACUGACCAAAGUGAGCAACUUUCUAAACAUAACUGCCCAACAAAGAAAGUUGAUUCGUGCCACGGUCUCCCCCCAAGUUACCCAUCAUCGUAUAUUGACAAAGACACUUGAGGAGGUUCUUAACGAAUUAAAACCCGAGUUGGACUAUUUAAAUAGUCAGCGCCCAAGCAAAGGAAUUUACUUGGGUCAACAGAUAGUUUCUAACUGUGUGAAAUUUUUGUAUGACUCAGCCACUUCCUGUGACCCUGAUUCUACUUCGUGGAUGCGGCUUGCGCCUGCCAAGAAGGUUCAAUCUUCUGGUUCUCAAAAAUGGGAGGAUGUUCUUGAGAUGUUCAAUGACCUUAUUGAAUGUUUGAAAACUGAAGACAGGUUACUUGAUCAUGUGGUAAAGCUUGAGGCCAUGAAAGAAGGAUUAUCUCAAAUCAAGGAUGUUUUGAUUGAUAAAACUAUUGGAUACAAGGAAGCUCGACUUCAAGAAAGCUUAGUGCAGAAGAAACUUUCUAAGAUUUUGGGUUACCCGUCCAAGUGCUUGUUCACACUUUUAUUGUAUUAUCUUUAUGGGCAUGUCAGAGAUAUUGAAGUGGAUUUAUGUGGUGGGUUUUAUAAUAGUGAGAAUGAUAAUAAAUUCUGUUUGUGUAUGGGAAGGAUUCUAACUUCAGAUGAGGAAAGGAUGAUCUGGAGUGGCGUGAGACAUUUGGACAGGGCACUUGAGCUUUUCAAGUUCGUAUGGGAAACAUCAGGAAAUAAAGGAGUCUUGGAUUUGCAAGGCCAUCUCUGGUGUGUUGGGGUUGAAGAUAGAAUGCUUACAUAUAAAGGAAAAAUGUUCUUUAUACAUGGGAUAAGCCUUUGAGAAAGAUUAUGGUGAUCAAUGAGUGUGGAAUGCGCCAAUUAUAGACUCGAAUCCAGUUUUAUACCAUUUUGUAAUCUUGGGUGGUAAACACUUGCAAAAUUACAAGUGGGGCAUGUAACUUUGAAUGUAUUAUAAUUUUUUUUUAUUCAAUUGCAACUUUGAUCAUUGAAUUAUUUGGGGUAAUAUUAUGUCAAAUGGAUUCAUUUCUUCCUAACA